UAGCCUUCCCCAUAUUUCUUAACGAAAUCUAAUAAUGGCUGAUAAAGAGGCGGAGAGCAAUAGCACGACUUAACUAAUUAGAAAAUUUUGAUUUGAUACAAAAUGUAAUGUCUGCAGAAACUAACACGCCUAAAUCUUCCAAAUUGUAUUUUCUCUUUUAAUACUGCUCUAAAAACUUAAAACAUAAUUACUUAAGAAUUUUGCAAAAUAAAGUAGCGUUGUACCCUAUCAUAAUCGCACGAGUCGGUAAUCAUAAAAUAUAACUUUUUGUGGAGUAAAAUUUUGAUAAAAACAUCCAAUGAUAGCUUUAAAAAAUGUGGAAAUGUGGCAGUGGUUUAUUUGCAUUUCGCAAAAGGUGGCACCCUAGAAAUUUAGACUAUCUAGAUAAAAGUCACUGUAGUUUAACAACUGUAACCGAAGAUAUCUUGCGGCAUGCUGGAACUCUGGAAGAGUUAUCUUUAGAGGGAAAUCAGUUAACCGAUUUGCCUAAGGGUAUAUUUCGAAUGACAAAGUUACGUCGUCUGAUUUUAGCUGAUAAUGAAAUACAAGAUCUCACAAAUGAUAUAAGCAGUUUAAUAGCAUUAGAAGAACUAGAUUUUAGCAAAAAUGAUGUUAGAGUAGUUCCUGACUCCAUACAAAACUGCAAAAAAUUAACUUUUUUGGACAUUAGUAGUAACACAUUAGGAGAACUACCAGACUCGCUUACUAAACUUAAUCAAUUAAAAACUUGGAUUGCUAAUGAUAUAGCACUAACAGAAAUACCACCUGAAAUAGGAAGUUUGUCAAAUUUGGUGGUCCUUGAGCUCCGAGAGAACUGCAUUAAAUUUUUGCCUUUAUCGUUUUCAUUUCUUUCCAAGUUAGAAAGAUUGGAUCUCGGUGGAAAUGAACUUGAAGAACUACCUGAUACUAUUGGUCAGUUAACAUGUCUUAUUGAGUUAUGGUUAGACAAUAACUUUUUGACCACUUUACCUAGUGAAAUCGGCGAGUUAAAAGCAUUACAGUGUUUAGAUGUUUCAGAAAAUCGCAUUGAAGAACUUCCUGAAGAAAUUAGUACCUUAACUUCUCUCACAGACUUGCACUGCACUUCUAAUGCUUUGCAUGAACUACCUCAAGGCAUAGGAUGUUUGAUUAAGCUUCAAAUACUUAAAGUUGACCAGAAUGAAAUUGAUGAAAUAACAGACUGCAUAGGAGGCUGCACUAAUUUGCUUGAAGUUGUUCUUUCGGAAAAUGUUAUUGAGUUUCUUCCUGCGGCAAUUGGUAAACUGUCAAACUUAACUCUACUUAAUAUUGAUCGCAAUCGUUUAUUUACAUUCCCGCCUGAGAUUGGAAACUGUACUAAACUUAGUGUUUUAUCAGCUAGAGAUAAUCAAAUUGUUAAGAUUCCAAAAGAAAUAGGAUCAUGUAAAAGUUUGACAGUAUUAUCACUGUCAGGAAAUAAGUUAGAGAGUCUUCCAUUUGCAGUUUCAACUUUGCCAUUAAAAGCAUUGUGGUUAUCACAAAAUCAGUCACAAUCAGUUUUGAAACUACAAGUUGAAGAUGAUGAAAUUACAUCAGAAAAAAUCCUUACUUGUUUUUUAUUUCCUCAGGAAAAGCUUAAAUGUUCUAGUAUAGAUGAUUUGGACAAAGACUUUGAGCCUGAACAUGAAAAGUCAGAAACUCAAACUGCUGUUAAGUUUCCUGAAACUGCAGUGGAAAAAGAAUCUAAUCUUCAACGUCACGACACACCUUAUCCUAAAGAAUUACGUAGUAGACAUCCACAUUUAAUCAGAAAAAGAUCUCAAUCUCCAGAGAGUGAACACAGCAGACCAGUAUCAGCUACUUCUGCUACUUUAAAUCAUGUUAAUUUACCAGAAGAAAAAUCUGUUACAAAACAAACAGAUCAAAUUAACACCAGUGUUAAGUUAAAUCUACAAAGUGGUGUUGACAAUUCAGCAGUAUUAAAUGGUAUUGACAAUUCAGUUGUAACAAAUGGUAUUGACAAUCUAGCAGCAUUAAGUGGCAAUUCUGCUGAAGAAGAACAUAGUGAAGAGAAUUCUUCUGAAGAUAGCAGUAGCGACGAUGAGGAUGGAAAAAAACGCAUUCGAUUUAAUGUGGAAGAAAAUGUGAAUGAUGAACAUUGUAAAUUGUUUCGCAAAGACACUCCACAUUUUCUCAAGGGUAAGCGAAUUGUUCAAGAUAGUGGUGGUUUUCAGGAGAUUUUAUCAAUAAUUGAACAAAACAAAAAUCAUUCAGUUGAUCAUGAAAAUGAAGAGAAAUUCUCAAAGGAAUGUACCUUUGAAAAUGUUGAAGCUGUUAUGAAUGGGAAAAAAAAAAAUUUACGCAAAUAUAAAAGGCAAGAUACACCUACUAUCAAUAAUUUCUCCAAAAGCUUGCCUGUACAAAAACCAUCUGGUGGGCUCAUUUUUGAAGAAGAGGAAGAAGGAAGCGAAGAUGUAGAUGAGGAAGAGGAUAACGAUGAAGAAGUAUGUGAAGAUGAUAAUGAAGAUGAUAAUGAAGCGAACGAGGACAUUGAAAAUGAGACUGUUACAAAAGUUUAUGAAGAACUUUCAACAUUGCUGACAAGAGAUGGCCAAAGCUUGGGUAUAAAUAUUGCUGGAGGAAUAGGUACUAACACUUUUCAAGAAGAUGAACAGUUGGUUUCGAGCGGAAGCAAUGUUGACCUGUUCCUAGAUGAGGGAAUUUUUAUAACUAAAGUUGUUGUUGACGGGCCUGCAUAUAAAGAUGGUGUUCUCAAAGUUGGUGAUAAAAUAAUAAAGGUAAAUGGCGUUGACAUAUCUAACUACAAUCACAAGGAAGCAGUUGCAGUAUUAAAAGAAAGUGGUGACAAAGUACAACUUGUUGUAUUGCGUGAAGUUACUGAUGAAGAUCAGAUCAAUCUUGCACUUAAUAACCAGAGAGAAAAAAGUGUCAGAUUUGCAGCAGAACCUGAAGUUGAAGAUAUUGAAAUAGAGACUCUGACAAUACCUGUGGUACUUAUCAGAGAUGCAAAGGGCCUAGGAUUCAGUAUAGCUGGUGGAAAAGGUGCUAAUCCAUAUAACAACAAAAAUGAUGAGGGUAUUUACAUCAGUAAAAUAACAGAUAAUGGUCCUGCAGCACUUGAUAAUCGGUUGCAAGUUGGAGAUAGAUUGUUAUCUAUAAAUAAUGUAGAUGUUCGUGAAGCAAAGCAUGACGAUGUUGUUAAAAUUCUUGUUAAUGCAACAGAAAAAGUUUCAUUGGUUGCUCAUCGAGAACGAGUUAUUCAUAAAAAAAUGAAACCAUUGUCACAAAUUAAUGGUAAUGUUAAAACAAUUGGUGAAACAACUAAGGUUGAACUUAUUCCCGAUGAAAGAGGAGAAGAACCAAAACUUUUAGUAGAGGAAAUCUUGCUAAAAAAAACUUCUGGUCCUCUUGGGAUGAGUAUUGUUGGUGGUUCUGAUGUUGUGUCACACCCAUUUGGUGUUAAUGAGCCAGGAAUAUUUGUGUCCAAGAUAAUGUCAACUGGUGAAGCAGCUAAAACUAAUCUUUGCAUUGGUGAUAGAAUACUUAGAGUCAAUGACAAAGAUAUGAGGCGUGCAUCACAUCAAGAAGCUGUAGCCGCACUUAUUUCAAAUGAUCCAGAAAUUAAGUUGCUUGUUCGCCAUGAUCCUCCACCACCUGGAUUAAAAGAAGUAAAAAUUUCAAAAAAACUUGGUGAAAAGUUGGGAAUAAGUAUACGUGGUGGUGCCAAAGGACACCCUGGAAACCCAUUUGACAAAGAUGAUGAGGGUAUAUUUAUAUCCAAGGUUAAUUCAUCAGGAGCGGCUUCACGAGAUGGGAGAUUAAAAGUUGGGAUGAGAAUUUUAGAGGUUAAUGGGAUAAGUCUUCUGGGUGCGACUCAUGUUGAUGCUGUAAGAGCUUUAAGGACAGCAGGAGAUAUUUUAACAACAGUUGUUUGUGACGGGUAUGAUGAACAAGCUGCAUCGGUACUUAUCGAAGAAAACAUAUUUUUUAAUCCGUCCCUAUGUGAGUCUCGUUUUUCUCCCGAUUCCCAGUCUUCAGCUACCUCCGGUGACCUUUCAGAUGGCGGAUAUGAACGAAUAACUUACCAUCAUCACAACGACCAACCUAAAGUGGACGAAUCUUACAAAGAAGCCGAAAUUUUAGCGUGGACGAGAGUAGAACGUUCAAGUAGUGAACAACGUACACUCGAUGCCGAAAAGCGAGCUAAAUUACGGCAAGAAACAAUUGAUGCUCUAGAUACCGAUGCUAGGAAGGCGAAGCAAGUAAUUACUAAAAGUAAAGAACUUUCUACUUCCUCCCUCGAAAAUUCUUUGAUUGACCGUGAUAUAUUACGCGAGCGUAACAUAGUUGGAAGUGUUGUAUAAUAUAAAUAGAUUAUUUUUUCGUAACUUUGACUUCGAAUACAAAUUAAAUACUUUAAAUGAAUAGCAGCCGUUUCCAAAACGAAAUAGUUUUGUCAAAUGACUGUUAUCGUUUUGUUACGUGACGAAAAUAAACUGAUGACGCUUUCGAUGAAAAAAGUAUUAGUUGUUUUAUUUUUAUACAAAAUUUCUUAUUUACAAAAUUACUUAUUUAACAAAAGUGAAAGUAGUAUUCAAAGCAAAAAUUUCCCUGCGUUUAUAUAAUAUAUAUUACUUCCUUUUUUUUAUAAACAUGCUUUGAGGAAUAACUUUUAUCCUUGUAAAUGAAGAAGUGCGCGCGAAUUUUAAACAAGGGUAAUCUUACUAUAGUAAAUUGUCUAAUAGCGGGUGUGAAACUUUUUUCUGAUUAUUCUUGUGUAUGGUCUUUUUUUGUUUUUGAUGAUGCGCUUGUGUAUGGUUGUUAUAGUUAAUCGUAAAUAUAUUUGUUUAUUGUGUAAUAAUUGUUUCUAUUAAAUGUAAAUGGCUGAAGAUGCUUGUAUAUGUUAAUAGUUAUAUAUGUAAGUACAUCUAUCAAAAUA